AUGCUUUGCUGCGUUGCAGUAAAUUGUAGCAACAGGUCCGAAAAAGGUUGGAAAUUAUUCAGGUUCCCGGUAAGUGAUCGGCGAGUAAAGUGGGUGCAAAAUAUACGACGCGGAAAUAAUUGGACACCAACUGAGGCUUCGCGUUUGUGUGAAAAACAUUUUGAAAAUUCACAAUUUGAAAGACAUCGAUCCGAUGGUCUGAGAAAGUUGAAACCAAAUGCCAUCCCAACAUUAUUUGACGUACCAAAUCCGCCACCCAUGAUCGAUCCAUCUCCGCGGAAAUCACUGUAUAAAAAUCCUGAAAAAAAUGCUGCUUUCGCCAAUUCGGAAGCAGCGAGGCUUGCCAAACCUGAACAGGAGGUAAAUUUUGAGAAUUAAUCUGCAUUAAUAUUACGAAGAAUUUGGUUCAUGUUUCGGAAAAAAUCAUUUGUAUUAAAAUAUUUUAGAAAUUGACAAAUGCCGAAUAUAAAAAUAUGCCGAGAAAA